GCGCAGAAACACGAACUCCAUGCCCUGCAGGUGGUGUCUUCCCUUCUCCUUCACUUGUCCACAAGGCAGUGCCGCGAGAGCAUCUCCGCAAUAAAGCCGACUGGAAAACGCAACUACACUCACUCCUUGCGCUCUGGCACGUGCACCCAAAUACCUUAACUGCAGCAGAAUAUCGUAUUUCUGUGUUGGAUUGCUCUUUCUCGUUUAAUAUCAAAACCCGUUUAAUUUGAUGUUGUAUUGGCUCGUUUUUUUCUGUUGAAUUGUAUAUGCAUUUCGUUUUACAUAAUUAUUUCCCCCUCUUCGCUUAGGCUAUUUCACGUCCUCUCCAAAAUAACAAAAUUGUUGUCUGUAUACUGGCAUGAUUCAUUGCAACUGACGCAUUUGAGUAACCUGAUUCAUUUGUAUAGAGUGCGGAAGCAAAACUGCCUUUGGAAGGAUUGAAACUCUUGCAGUCAGUCUCCGGAUACACUUGCAAUUCGUUUCAGAUUUCAGAAGAACAGGCUGGUAUUACAUGUCCUCGACCACCGCUAGCUAGAGGCGUGCUGCAGCGCUUACCACCCCGUUACCGGACAGUCAGCCGAGCGGAUGCCUCUCGCAGUUUAGGACUUUUCAAUAUUACUCUCACUUGUUCUCGGAUUUGCACUUAACCGUGUGGUGGUCAUUUCGCCCCCCUGUAAAAUGGAUAUACUGUGGGCUUUUCUUUUUUGCGUCUUCAUCGGUCCGGUUUUCGGGGACAAUGUGAGCAGCAAAGCCCGCAGCUGUUCGGAUGUCAGGCAGUUCUACAACGGCAAGGGUUUUAGCCUGAGCGGAGUUCCUCAGGCCGAAAUAUCUGGCGAGCACCUGCGGAUCUGCUCCCAGGGAUACACCUGCUGCACCAGCGUGAUGGAGGAUGAGCUGGCCGGCCUGGGCCAGCGGGAGGUGGAGGGGCUGGUCAAGGAGGCGGGCCGGUCGCUCCAGAUCUCCCUCAGCGGCCAGUACAAGAGCUUCGAAGGUCACUUUGUGGACUUGAUGAACCGUUCUGAGAGCUCCCUGCCGGAGUUCUUCCGGGUCGCCUACGGCUCACUCUACACCCGGAACGUGCGCGUCUUCCACGACCUGUACGGCGACCUCCGCCGCUACUACCGCGGCUCCGCCGUCAACCUGGAGGAGGCGCUCAACGACUUCUGGGCCCGCCUGCUGGAGCGGCUGUUCAAAGACUCCAACCCGCAGUACACCAUCGGGGACGAGUACCUGGAGUGCGCCGUCAAGCAGGCGGAGACGCUGCGGCCCUUCGGGGACACGCCCCGCGACCUCAAGCUCAAGGUCACGCACGCCUUCGUCGCCGCCCGCUCCUUCGUCCAGGGCCUGGUGGUCAGCGGGGAGGUGGUGCGCAAGGUGUCCCUGGUUCCCCUGAGCCCGGAGUGCAUGCGGGCCAUCAUGAAGCUGACGUACUGCCCGCACUGCCGCGGAAUGGGCUCCGCCAAACCCUGCGCCAACUACUGCCGGAACGUGAUGAAGGGCUGCCUGGCCAACCAGGCCGACCUGGACACCGAGUGGAGGAACCUGGUCGACGCCAUGUUGCAGGUUGCCGAACGGUUUAAAGGGCCAGCCAGCAUAGACAUGGUCAUGGCCUCUUUUCCCACUCGUAUUUCAGAAGCCAUUAUGACCAUGCAGGAGAAUUUAGAGGCCUUUACAAGCAAGGUGUUCCAGGCUUGUGGGAAUCCCAGGAUGGCUGGAACUCAUAGCUCAGCGACCGAAGAGAUCCAGAAGAGAGAGAAAAUCACAGAGGACAGGACUGCCUUCACCACCAGCAGCACCACUGGAGCCAGGCUGGAAAAGCUGGUCUUUAAUGUGACAGCGAAGCUGAAGGACGUGCAGCAGUACUGGGUCCAGCUGCCCGGUACCCUCUGCAGCGACAAGGUGGUGGCCGGGCCGGCCAAUGAGGACAAGUGCUGGAACGGCAUGACGAGGGCCAGUUAUCUUCCUGAGGUUAUGGGGGACGGUCUGGCCAGUCAGAUCAACAACCCCGAAGUGGAGAUCGACAUCACCAAGCCCGACAUGAUCAUCCGCCAGCAGAUCAUGCAGCUCAAGAUCAUGACAAAUCGCCUGAAGAACGCCUUCAAUGGCAACGAUGUUGAUUUCCAGGACACCAGUGAUGAUGUCAGCGGGUCAGGAAGUGGGAUGUGUGCGGAUGAAUUGUGUCCCCGCGGACCCCAUGACAUCACCCCCGACACAGUCCAGCCCAUACUGAUUGCCUCCCCUUCCGAAAAGAAGGUGAAAGCCACGGGCAGCCGGCUCCGCCCCUGCAGCGCCCUUCUCCUCCUCUCAUUGGCCAUGCUGCUGUUAAGGCGAUAAUCUGCAGGCUCCAGCACCAAUUGGGACUGUGUGUGGGACGGGCUGUGGUAGGGGAGGGAGGGAGAGAGG